CUCGCGCAUACCCAUACCCAUACUCAACACUGGCAAGACCCUGGCAGUAGUAGCGGGGCGAUGGCAUCAUCACCACUACCACCAACAGCAACAGCCUCAGCAGCUGGCUGCGCGCCGGCUCUCGCAGCACUUUCUCAGCUCCGGUGGUCACCGUCGCUGGCUCUCUCUCUCUCGCCGCCGCCUCCAGUGCGCAGCCCCCGUCUAUGACAUCUUGGUUACCUUGGCACGGCGCACAGCGUCCCCUAGCGGAGUCUCGGAACGUCGUGUCAGUGCGUUGGUCUGGCGAACAGAGUGAGCCGUUGCACCGAUCUGGACAUUUUGGGAGCAAAGACCGACUCCAGCUCCAGCCAAGAAAACAUCUUCAAGUCCACGGCCAAGAUCGACCGAGCGAGACGGAGAGGAUCUUUGCAGGACCGACAGAAGCGAUGACUUGAACUGUGGACGCCAUGCAUCGUCGUGGUGCGCAUGUCGCUAGCCAAGAGCGUGCAGGAGAUAAAUAGUUUCUCGUCCUCCUCGGCUACAACCUUCACCUUUGCUAAGCACCAAACUUCACCAGCACCGGCAGUACCCCGUGUCUGGAGCGAUGGAAGAAGAAAAAAUCCAGGCCGGGCGGAAGUGAGAAAAAGGCUUCGGUCUUAACAAGCACCCGGGGUGGUAACUGAAGGUUCGUUAUCACGUCCAAGCUGAGAUAACUUCCUCUUGUGUCCAUGUUUCUCUCUGUGUGUGGGGGACGGCAGAGUGUCUGGUAGCAGGCAGGAACUCAACAGCCAUUGAACUGUGUGACAGAAAUUCGUUAUCGAUUCUCUUCACGUGCUUGUGCGUGCGUGUGUGUUCCAGGAAGGAAUCAAAGCCAGUCUUUUUCCAUUCUUCACUGAAGACCAAGCUUAGGGAGGGAACUGCAUUCUAUCACAUCAGCUGAUGAUCAACAUGGUUGCAAGGACGAAGCCAGACAUGUCCCUCGUUUAAAAUCGCUUUCACGCCAACCUUCACCUUAAACAGUGAAAUGACCAAGAGCUGCUGGUAGAAUUCUGUGGAUUUGCUUUUCUGCUGGAUAAACGAUUGUAAAGACGUCUUUGAAUUUGGAUGUACUGAAGUCCGCACGUGUCCAGAGCAGCCUCAAGAACUGAGUACGCCUUCUGUUUCUCUCCAAAGUUAUGUUGACGCUGAUGAUUAUAAACUGCAUCAUCAAAUGAACAGCUGGUGAUGGCGACGAUGGUCCUUCGAUUUUGCUGACGCUUUUGAUCGUCGGUUCAUUCACGCGGAAAGCAAGCGUCGUGCUAAGUUGCUGACCGUUCAAACAGCCAGGGGCGUGUGUGAGCGCCUUGGUGCAAUCCUCGCGUUGCUUGCCAGGCGCGUCAGUUUGAGCCCGGAGGCUCGAGCGGAUAGCAAGAGGAACAGUUUGUUUCAAGAAAACUCGCAGUCAUGGGGGCCAGCGCCAGCGUAGCCAUGCAAGAGCAGGAAGCACGACGAAGGUCAAGGUCGAUUGAUGACUCCAUUGCUGCCGACAAAGAAAAACAAGCGCGGACCGUGAAGAUACUCAUGCUAGGUGCUUGUGACGCAGGCAAGAGUACACUGGCCAAGCAAGUUCGGCUCAUCCACGACAAGGGCUUCUCUGACGUGGACAAGACACAUUACAGGAACGUGGUGAGGGCCAACUUGGCCACCUCCUUGCUGCGCGUGCUGGAAGCAAUGCGCGACACAGAAUAUGCCUUCACGGGGGAGCUAGUGGCGGUGGCGGACAAAUUGUCGCGGGCCCUGAACGACAACCUGGCCCACCUGAACAUCCUGGACCUGAAGCUGGAGGUGCACAUGCUGGUGGGACACGCCAACUUCCACCGCUUCCUGGAGACCAGCGACAACAUCGGCCUGGCGGAGAGCACGCAGUAUUUCUUCAAGUCCGUCGAUCGCAUUCUGUCUCCUUCCUUCAUGCCCACCGAUUACGACAUCUUGAGGGCGAGACAGAAAAACCUGGGGCUAGCCGAGACUGUCUUCCACUUCCGGGGCUUCCACAUCAGGCUGUGUGAUGUGGACGGCACGAGCACCUUAAAAAAGAAAUGGCUCGACUGCUUCGAAACCGUGUCAGCCGUGUUGUUCACGGUUGGCCUGGAUACCUAUGACGUCAGAUCCAAGGAGAACGAUGACAAGACGGACCUGGUUGUGGCACUGGACUCCCUGUCGGUGCUGUGUCGACAUCCGAGCUUUGCGGAGACGCCUUUUAUCCUCUUCCUCAACAAGCGCGACAUCUUCCGCAGCAAGCUGAAGGUGACGCCACUGUCGGCCGUCAUGCCUGCCUAUAAAGGUAGCAACGACUACACCGAGGCUGCGGCCUACGUGAAGAAGCUGUUCGAGCAGCAGUCGGGAGGAAAGAAAAACUUCUGGGUGCACGUCACGUGCGCCAUCGACACGGCCAGCGUGCGCGGUGUCUUCGACUCGGUGCUCUCCGUCAUCUUCCAGAGCACCCUGGAGGAGGUGGCCCCCAAACCGCACUGACGACAUCUGUCAUACAGCCUCCUACUCCCGUCGACGACCUUCGAACUCGUCAUCCAGAUUCUCCACGCUCCAUUUCAACGUCCCUUGCAGACCCCUCUCCUAUCCCGACGACGCAGACGACGAUGUCAAGCUUGUCAGUCUGUCGUUACACACAGAGUCUGCAUGUUCUGCUGCUGGGUUCGCCCUUGGAUACCCUUCUUCCCACAACCUCCUUUCUCAAGAGGAGCACAUCAGAGUGUAAAAGUUAUGUGCAAAGGGAAAUAACCUCGUCAAAUUAAAAGGACAGUUGUAUAGUACGCGGUGGUCUCCCUUUAAAAAGAUGCUGCCUGCUCUGAGCCUCUGGGGGAAGGGAACGAUUUAUAAACAUACGUGUGAAAUAUUAAUCAUAGAAAUUAUCUCAUCUUUGUCGUCUCUUGUUUGUUUUACCAUCGUUCGAUUCAAAUGAAUUGUUGAUCAUAUUUUUUUAUUUUACUCUGUGAGGAUCAUGGAAACACAACUGUCAUUAGGGUGUCUGUACAAUCUUGAAAUGUUAUUUUUAGAAAGAAAAAUCAGACGAAAACUCAGUUUCGAGUGUUUGUUUAAAGCAGUGCAUCAGCUGAAAUCACUGUCAUAUGAUAAUUCACAUAUUCAUUAACUUGAUUAACGUUUUAACGUUUGAUUGUCGACAACAACUGCAAUAAGUAAUUUAGUUAGCUAUAAUAAUUCAUGUACAUUUUCGUUGAUCAGGUCUGCAUUGAGACUGUAUGGGUGAGCAAAUUGUCGAGAAAGCUGUGCCUCUCGUAAAAUAAACAGUUGUAAAGGGAGGUGAUUGUAAUGGCAUGUUGGUGCGGGUGGAAAGAAGUGGUCAUACACCCUUGGUGGCUGGGUGGGCCUUGACUGUAUGUCAUGGUCCGAGGUCGACCAUUGUCACCUCCAGGCCAUGGCGCCCUACCAACUGAAUGCAUACCAUCUGUGGACUUUAAGUUAUUCAUAUCUUUGUGUAUGCCAGGCUUGUCAUGGAGAGAAGGGACGGCGGGAGAAAAGUCAUUUGUGGGGUACAAGCUUAGAUUGCGAACACUCACACCCGAGCCAAUGCAUUUCACACGUACAUACGCACAAACGCACAAAACCACCCACACGUGCCUCACAUUCACGCCCAAAAAUAAUAAUACAAUUAAAUACAAUUUCUUGCUUUUAAAAUAUAAGCAACAAAAUUAAAUUAUUACUCGGAGAAGCAUUAGUCAUCAUGGGUAUUUUGUUUUAAGAGAGUGUGUGUGUACAGUAUCAGCAGAACCUUCUAAAGUUUAUACAGUCGUAGAACGAAUUCCCAAGACAAUUACCGAGAAAACGUGGAUAAACAUUCGACCAAGAGGAACAAAGUGUUUACAGUUAUAUAGGAACUUUGCCACACCUUCGUCCUUGCUUGUCCAUUCAGAAUAUCAUUAAGUAUUAAGGAGCUGUUUGGCUGAUAGAAAAGUGACUUCGGCUUCAACCACUUCCCAACAGCCCCCAACCCCCUCUCCAAGUUUAGCUGACGUCAGCUAAUGAGGAAGAUGUAGCUUUAUUCUUUCUCUCUUUCGUUGUCGAGUUGUCUUCGUAAUUUUGCUCGUGAGCAAACGUGAGUUAUUGACUCGGUAAAUGUGUGCGCGAGCGAGCGUGUGUUUGUGUGUGUGUGCUCUUACUUUUUAUUCAGUCAGGAAGCCAGCAUAGCCAGUCAGUCUACAUUGUGUCUAGCACAGAACCACCAUGACAUGUUUGGUGUGUGAUAAAGUCCAAUGACGCUGCCAAGAUGUGUCGAAAGAUUGUGUUGAUAUCUUAUUUUUAUUUUCAUUGCUUUCGUCACAGUUGUAUAAUAUGCAUGCCACAGUUCGAGGUCGAUCAGUGACAGAAACAUCUCCAUGUGUUUGUGUAAGAAGUGUGACGCAUACCUGAUAACUAUAUAUACACUUGGAAAUAAAUAUUUUUGGUGUUUU